CGGUGUUAUUGGAUAGUUUUUGUUGUGCAAGUGCCUUAGAAUUUAUUCACGACACUUAUGUAGUUUGAUUUUUGUUUGGCAGUGUAAUGAACGAAUAGUGUGUUUUUUUUGUUAAAUUUCAAAGUGCAAGCGAGUAUAUUUACAACAAGAUUGUUGUUUGUCUCAAAAAUUUGUCAUCGGAUAAGCUGAAAAAUGUCCCAAAUGCCGACUACACAAACGCAAACACAACAAAGCGGAAUAUGGAGCCAAAUAGAAAGUCAGCCUAUGGAAAAGGUUAUCUGGGGCCGGCUGUACGCAAAAAACCUCACGAUCACUACCCUUGAUUUGCGCAAUGAAGAAUUUAAAGCCGGACGAAAUCCAUCAAACGAUUUAUGCAUUAAUGCAGAACACCUGCCAUUAAAACUUUUAAAUGGAAUUUCGCAAAUUCAUUUUAUAAUUUCUAAAAAUAUUGCUGAUUUACAAAGUCCUACGUACAUCACGGAUUAUUCCCGAAAUGGCACAUACGUAAAUGGUACCCUGAUUGGGAAAGGAAACAAAUUUAUUCUCAAGCACGAUGACGUCAUUUCCUUAUCCCAUCCUAGUUAUAAAGCUGUUGUAUAUAAAGAUGAAGUAUUGGGGCAAACCGUUAGAGAAUUCCCGAAGGAGAUACGCAAUACAUACUAUGUAGGUAAAAAACUGGGAAACGGAGCAUAUGGCGUUGUGCAUCUGGUUCACAACGCCCAAACCUUGCAAACAUUUGCUAUGAAGCACGUUCAAAAGCAUUUGCUAAAUGAAUGUAGCAAACCAAGGCUUAAUGAUCCCGAACGUGUUAUGAACGAGGUUAAUAUAAUUAAAAGUCUGCAGCAUCCCUGUGUGAUCAAAAUGCAUGAUAUUGUGGACACACCCAACUCUGUCUUUAUGGUGUUGGAAUAUAUGAAGGGCGGUGAUUUACUAUCCAGAAUUAUGAGGAACAAGUUUUUACCGGACAAAAUCGCAAAACUGUUUUUCUUACAAAUGUGCUAUGCGGUCGGAUAUCUACAUGCAAAAGGCAUCACGCACCGUGACCUUAAACCGGACAAUAUUCUUCUGGCGAACGAAGAUGAGAUGACUUUGGUGAAAGUAACGGAUUUCGGUGUCAGCAAAUUUGUUCAUAAGGAUACCAUAAUGCGAACCUUAUGCGGAACUUUUAUAUAUCUAGCACCGGAGAUGUUUGUUUCUGCGGAAAAAAAUCCGUAUACACAGAAAGUGGACAUAUGGAGUUUGGGUGUUGUGCUGUUCACGAUGCUCAGCGGUACAGUUCCGUUUUCUGACGACUAUGGGUCUCCGGCGCUAGAUCAAAUCAAAAAGGCCAAGUUCGCUUUUCGGCACUCUUCAUGGAAGUCAGUUUCGCCUGAUGCUAAAAGUCUAAUUCGAAAAAUCUUAACCGUUAAUCCAAAAGACCGACCUACAAUAAACGAAAUUUUGAGUAGUACUUGGUUGCGUGAUCCCACAGUAGUUCAACAAGCGAAGCGUCUUAUGAACAUAAACUCGACAGGUGUUAAGAAUCCUAUACCAAGUUCAAGUACGUCAGAUAUCGAAAACAAUAACGACCAUGUUUUUACUGAACCACCGAGAAAACGGCCGCGAAAUAAAUGACUAGGAGAGGAACUGGUCGUAGUUAGAAGUAAUGUAAAAAUACGUAAGAAAAUUAACAUGACAUGGAAUGUACAUCAAAUCAUUCUUUAAUUGCUAGUAAAUAAGGCUUUGUAUCCUAUCUGUCGAUAUUAUUCUAAAUCUUGCGAACAAAACAUUCCAUUUUUGCAUUUGGUUUUUAUGGUACACUACCUAAUAUGUUGAGACUGCAAUAAGUGCCCCUUACCAUUACCACACAUUAUUGCUGACAUGGAAAUCUCUAUUGGAUUAAAUUAAUCAAACGAGACAUAGGACAGGAAUGCAGUUAUAAAAAUGGAUUUGUUAUUUUUGAUAAUAUUCAAAAAGGUGGACAACCAACUAUGAAGAGUGCUUUAUUAAAAUUAAAUACAAGGAAGAA